AUGGGCAAGAUCACUGAGCUCGACACCGACUCCGCCGAGAUGCCACCCACCUACGCCCAGACGGAGGUCCCAAAAACGAUCUCAUCACAGCCAUCAAAGUAUGCCGACCUGAGGAAGCAGAUCGAAAGCCUCGAAUCUGACGAAAGCUUUCGGAACAGUGUAGACUCGGAGGAACACGUUUCAGCCGAGCACACCACUGACGCCACAUCACACGACGAAGCAACACCCUCUAUUCAGCCGUCAAAACAGAAACACCAUCACUUCGGCCAGCGUCUCAAGAACAAGUUGACUGGUACUACGCAUGAAGAACGGGAGGAGGAGCGUGCCAGACGACAAGCGCUCUACCAGAGAGCCUACGAGGCCGCUCCAGUCGUUCCCCCCUACGGUGGUUAUGGCUACGGCUACGGCUAUGGAGGGUAUGGACUUGGGUAUGGCUAUGGGCUGGGCAAUCCACUACUCUUUGAUGCAGCCCUUCUGGGAGGGCUCGGUGGAUUCGGUCUUGGUGCGCUCUUGCUUUGA